AGUCAGGUGCAGCCACGUGUUGUGUUUUGUGUUUGGUCGAAUACACAUUGGCGGUCAAACAGUGAGCAACGUGUGCUUUGUUUGGAGAGUGUUUUUGACCCCAGCUUGACGUUUGCGGCCCUCUGUGUGUGGUCCCACGAAAUUCGACAAACAGCAAAAGUGCAGUGCAGUUAUUUUAGGCCACAACUUGGUGCUCGUUUCGGUGAUGAAACGAAAGAAACGCUCGUGUGUAUUGGUGAAAAGCUGGAAUUAAUAACAAAAAAAUAGCGCCCAAGUGGAGCUGCUGUAGCGGGAAUUCGUCUGACCCGUCCGUGCAUUUGUGUGUGUGUUUGAAUUGAAUAGACAUGGUCCAGAACUGAUGAUAUGGAAUGCAACAUUCGGACGGCUUAAAGGUGUUUCUUCUUUGUGAAUCGACGAGGAGGAGCCAAUCAAUUCCGGAGGAAACGCUGAUGCUGCUGUUGUUGGCAUGGUAACGAUGAAAUGAAGUGAAUUGACUACAGAACCAGAGCUAAACUCAAAACCUUUGAAGGAAACGAAGCCUCAUCACCGCUCUUAGGUAAAUUGAAAAAAAAAAUCCCAAAAAAUGGGUAACUCUGGCAGCAUGAACGGUUUACCGGGAUACGAUGAUGGCUAUCAUCAUACUCAGUAUCACAACCAUCAGCACCACCAGCGGUACCACGAGAUGCUUCGAAAUGGUCCUAAUGGCCAUCAUGGUGUACCACCCGGUUGGCUUGAGUCCUACCAGAGAGACCUACGAAAUGGCGGCGGAGGUCAUCGAACCUUUGAUAACCGACAUAACCACGAACCGUUGGGACACCGGGAGUCCACCAGCAGUGGUCCCAGCUUACCACCCCCAAUGAAGGUCCUGCCGGAUAUUCCCGGUAGGGUAGCGAAGCUACGUCCCACCAACAAUGGAAACAUUUUGCAUUCCGGUGGAACUAUAAGCAAAAACAAUAAUCUUCAGCGAUCGAAGAGUAUCUCGUCGCCAACGUAUCAGCAACAUCAGAAGCAGAGCUUCGACGAAUCGGAUGAAAAUGGAAUUCUGAACUCUCUGCCACCGCAAAUGCUUAUGACCCGCUCGCGGACGCAGGUCAAUAUGAUGAUGCCGUCAGCGAGACGUGACUUUGAGGAGUCACCCGCGAGAUCACGAGGAUUCGCAAACAACCAAAGAAAACCGAGCUACGAUCACGGGACGCUUAACUCGAAACGCUUUGGAUCGGAACCGGAUCUAAGGAUUUCCACGGGCAAACCUGAACUGCAGGAUGAGUCUGGCGGGGGAGGAGCAGCACAAGGACACCGGAACAGCAAACCUGUCCAGUCAAAGAUAAUCAAGGGAAAGAACAAGAAGAAGGCACCUGUUCCACCUGUACUAGAAAAGCGAGAACCGGAGGUGGUUGAGAAGCAACGCAUCAUCGCGUACUCACCACUACGGAAAACGAACUCCGAUGCAUCCUCGACGCUGCCCUCAUCGGACAGCAACAGUAACAACCCGAGCCGUAAGUUGCGGCUCUUUAAGACACGUGCUGAAACGAAGAAAAAUCUCAACAUAACCAAACUUCCGGAAGCCUCAGAUGCAAAAUACUCAUCGAAAAAUGCUCAAAACAUCGCUCAAGUCAAGCCUCGGGUAUCACCAACGAACAGCAGUACCUACAAACCGACGAAUCGUCGGGAGACUGACUUCAGCAUAGGCACUCUGGAUAAACCCAAGUCCCGACUGAAUCCAACUUCAUUUUUCCGACGAGAGAAAACUUUUGACAUCGGAGUGCUUGAUCGGGACCGAAUGCUACGGACUGAACAUGUGCCAGAAAUCAAGCCGACCAUGUCGCCACCGAUUUCACGACGAAAAUCCAUCGUCAAGUCAUUGCUGGAAAAGGAAAGCGUCCAACAGCAGCAGCAACAACAACAACUGCAACAGCAGCAGCAACAUCAGCAUCAACAGUUGGGUAGAGUUUCAUCCGCCGAACCCAGAUAUAAGUCAAAGGCUCAGGAAGAUCGACGAAAGCAAUCGCAACCAGCGGCGAUCACUCCUGCCAUCACUGACUUCCAGAAGGAACUUCAGCUUGCAACUAGAAAAAAAUCAACUUUAGAUUCCAAACCAAGUCAACCACAGCCGAAAGCUUCCUUAGGUCAUCGCAAAAGUACGGAAGUGAAACAAAGCACCAAGGUGGAUGCGCCGAUAAACAGCCUCAUAAUUUCGGUGGCACCGAAGCAAGAACCCGAACGAAAAACAUGCUCCGACAGUCCACCACCCCCUCCUCCACCUUUACCGAAAAGCAGUUUCUACUUUGGAAUGUCCGCCUCGAAGGCAGCAUCAAAAGAGCAACAGAAAAUUUCACCGACCAUUCUCCUCAAAGCAAAAAUGGUCGAAACGCGCGUUGACUCGAGUCCAAAUUCUUCCGAAGAUGACGAACGAUCCCCCGUUCAAAACAACUAUCAUCAGGACGAAAUGAACGACUCCGAAAUGGACAAAACACAGCUGGACGCGAUCGAUCGCUUCGCUGCCAGCCUUCUGAAUGGGUCCAAGUUCCAACCGUCCGGCUCGGAUUCCGCCGCUUCAUCGGAAGUAGAUAUGCGAACCAAUUCCGGUGACGUCGAAUCGGAAGGUCAGGAGAUUUCACUUAAACUACGUCCAACGCUGCCGCGUAAACAGUUCGAUAUUCCACGCUUUAGUCCGGCGGCGGCUUGGCGUUUGCUGACCACUGAGGAUGACUUUGGACGCGAUUCUACGGAACUGUUUCCAUUUGUGGAGAAGAAAACAAUGCUGCGUAGUAUGGAGACUGUGGACGCUGCCGAAGAUCGAAUCGAGCGUAUCUAUCGCGAACCGAUCCCUGGCUUGCAGGACAACAAAAGCGGAGACAGUGGGAUAUCCGGGGAUGCUGGUCUUCCGGAUAUUGGAGAGGCACAGAUGGCUUCUAGUAAGGAACGUGAUUCGCCGGAAAGUUCACCGGUUGACGAUAGUGGAAAUAAUGCGUGGUCUUCGAACGCAAUCCGGUUAACGCCGUGGACGCCUCAGCAGGAUUUGGAGGAUGAUGAUGACACGACGGGAAGCUGCGACAACCGGCAACUUAUCGAGGAAACUCCGCUAAGCAAUGGACCGAACGAUUUCUCCAGCAAAGGACACUUAUUUAGCUUGUCGCUUCCGAGGGAAAGCCACCUGUCGAUUUAUCCGGGAGCAGGAGCCGCGGAAAAGGUUGAGAAACACAUGUUCAAUAGUCUUCAAAAGCUACGUAAAUCGGUAUCGGAUGCAUUCACGAGUGAUGCUGACGUGAGUCCGCUGGAAAGCGGGGAUAAUUGGUUUCUUUCCCGACUGGAGACACCGACUAUCACCAAUGCCUACGAAAAGCGGCAACUGAGUCCAACAACUCCCAAACAAUCACCGCCGGAAACUCCAUCCAACGGUACCAAGAAAGACGAAUUCACCAAACCCGUGAAGCAUUCCGCCAUUACGUACGUUGUUAGCGGUAAACACAUGAUGUAUCUGCCAAAGGAAGCAACUAAGGUGAUCACGGCCACCGGGAAGAACGACCAAAACAAUAACAAUGUGCCAGAAACACCUGUCGUAACCGCCACCAAGUCCCAUGCACAUUCGGAGAAGCGAAAAGAAAGCAAAGAAAAUAUGCAAGAUCCUGUGCAGGAUCCGGUCGAGAGUUUCCCGGUAAAGAUUACUCACCGAAAGAAUCAUCGCUUUACCUUCCAGAGUACAAUUCGGCAGAUCGAGAAGCGACGUGUCGCCGAGAAGUUAUCGCGGGAAGCGGAAAUCAAGGAAGCCAUGCGACUGAGCGAAUUGGAAGCGAUGAGACGAGUUGAGGAAGAGUUUCAAAAGAAACGAGCCCGCGAGAAGGCUUCCAUCAGACACCAGCUGCGGCUGUUUACGAUGGAAGAAACCGGACAACCGUACGACGGCAAUGAGGAGGAUGAGACUGUUGAGAUAACCAAGCGUAGCGGUGAACCGGACGCGGACGAUACGAUCCAGCUACCGAAAACUAACGGAUUGUAUCGCAAGAAGGAAACGACACUGGAACGCUCAUCGUACAUGCACGGACAAGCGCGACGUUUAGGACAUUCGCGUUUCCACGGUGCCACCUUGGAGCGAAAGUUUUCCUCCGGCUCGGGUGGGAACCUAAUCAGCGAUCAGCACGAAGAUGAUUUCAAUAGUGACGAGGACGACGACGGCGGCGACGAUAACAACGGAAACCAUGAUGACGACGAUGAUGACGUAGAUAGCAGCUUGAGCUACAUCGACACCCGGACGCCGUACAUCUCGCGAAUAAUCCAGGCCAAAAGUAGCAAGAGCUAUGGCGGAUUGAAGAAGUGAUUUGGUACUUUCGAGAUCACAACGAUCAAAACUGCCAUCUAGUCAUCGAAUGUGUGUAUGUGUAGGUGUGGGGUGCGACGUGGCGCCCCUCGCGGACGGAUUUUAGACAAUUUUUUUUCUCUGCGUAAAGCUCAAUAGGAAACCAACGGUUCAACCUUGCGUUGCGUCGUGGGAAGGGAUUAGUAGAUUAUAUCACCGUGUCUAAUGUUAGUGGCUAAGCCCUGCGAUCCGAGUACAUAUAACGAUCAUUUAGUCGGACUGUUCAUUUUUGACGAAACAAUUACUUAAUAAAUACAAUUUUCUUUCAUUAACAUCAAACUGCAUGUUAUUUAGUAUCUAAGGUGUACUAAC